AUGUCAAUCACUUCCGUCUUCGACCUUAUCCCAUCGGUUGUCCCAUCCCCUGCUAUUGAAGAAGCUUUUGGGGGUAUUCUAUUUCGGCUGGCAAGACCGGAGGUUGUAUACAAGAAAGGAGGUUUCAAAGAGUAUUGCCCGCUCAAGACGUUCCGAUGCGAAAUGCUAAAAGAGAUCCUUGCUAAGCUUCUUUCCCAGGUAGUUUCCGGUCGGCGUCCUUGUCAACGGAAUUCUCCACCACUACUGAAUCUUAAGGAGACAUUUCGACGUCCUUUUGUGCGGUCUAGGGUGGGGAUGAUGUAUACUGUCCGAUUCCCUUCAGAAAUGGGUGCAAAAAAAGUCCCCUUGAAGACGAAGAGUUACGUUUACGUUAUCUACGUGAUCUGGGUUUGCGGAGAAGUCUGUCCUGAACUUCGGAAAGAGAGCGUCCAAUACCAAAAAGAGGCAUUCGCGUGUCGUGUCCGCAUCACUUUCUCUAUUCGUUCGCUUCUCCCUUUCUUUCUCGUGAUCAUGCGUUUGCUCUUCGAUCUCCUCCAUUUUGGGCAAGAGGCGGCCGCUAACAAAAAGCACAAAGGCAAUAUCCUCUAUAAGAGGUGCCCUGGCCUUCGCAUUCUUCGCCAAGGGCCUCUAACGUACAUCCACCCCUUUGCCAAUGUUUCCAGUAAAGCUGGCACCAAGUUACACAAAAUGAGGGGCAAAGUCUUGCUCCUGCCCAUCUCUGUCGUCUGUCAAGGCAGCUACGAGCAAGCGCUAGCUACAGUGCAUGCGACGCAACACAUACACAAUAUAUCAAAUAAAAGUGAAACACCAACGCCGUCAUGCCUCGCUUUCAUGCAGCUGUCUUCUCUUCUUUCCUUCCUGUUAUUACCAUGCGCUGGAACGAUCGCUGCCCUAGCACUUCCCUCUGUACUCGCUUCGAUCGCUGUACUGUAUUGCACAUUCUCUCCAGACUAUCCUUCCUCUGCCUAA